AUGGGUUUCCUAGAAGAAAGGGAUUUGUGUGAGGUGCCUUCCAUCCCGGAGUUCUACAAGGGAAAGACUAUUUUUAUCACCGGAGGUUCUGGUUUCAUCGGCAAGGUUCUGAUAGAGAAACUCCUCUACUCGUGUUCAGAACUGGACAGAAUCUACCUGCUUAUGCGUAAUAAGAAAGGAGUGAAAUCUGAAGACAGACUCGCCCAGUUGUAUGCCACUCCUUGUUUCGAUCGUCUCAAGAAGAAAAAGCCAGGAGUCUUCGAAUCCAAGGUCUUCAUCGUUUCUGGUGAUGUUCUGGAACUUGGACUAGGUUUAUCACAAGAAGACAGAGCUCUCCUAGUUAACCGCGUAAACGUCAUCUUUCAUGUAGCUGCAAGUGUCAGUGUGGGAGAGCCAUGCUUCGGCACGAAUGGGUCGGCUCGACCAGAGCGAUACCACGGCCUCACAGAAAACCGGUGUGAAACAACCACAGCGUUGUAUUUCGUCGUGUUUGAUGACACGCUGAAGUAUGCAGCGCAAAUGAACCUUAGGGGCACGAUGCAGGUGAUGGAGCUGGCUAAGGAAGUCAGAGAUUUAUCUUCUGUCGUCCACGUGUCGACGUCGUACUCAAACACGAACAGAGAUCCAAUUGAAGAGGUUUUGUACCCUCCUUUGGCUGACUGGAGGGACACCCUGGCUGUCUGUGAUACUGCUGAUGAGCAUACAAUGAGAGUGCUGACUCCGAAGUACCUUGGAGAACUCCCAAAUACGUACACCUUCACGAAGCAGCUGGCAGAACAUGUGGUGGCUGAAUACAAAGGACAGCUUCCAGUCAUCAUCGUCAGACCUUCAAUAGUCAUUUCAAGUGUAGAGGAACCAAUUCCUGGAUGGAUAGAGAACUUCAAUGGUCCCGUUGGAAUAUUUGUGGCGUGUGGAAAAGGUAUUAUGAGAACAAUUCACACGAAACCGGAUAUAAUUUGUGAUUUCAUACCUGUGGAUGUUUGUGCCAAGAAUAUUAUUGCUGGAGCUUGGAUUAGGGGAACGAAACCAUUGGAGCCCACAGAUGACAUUGAAAUAUACAAUUGUUGUUCCGGAAAACUUAACAACAUGUUGAUGGGUGAUUUGGUGGAGAUGUCCAAACAUGUCUCCAAAGAAAUUCCACUGGAUGAUAUGCUGUGGCAUACUGGUGGCACUAUUACGACCAACCCAGUGUACCAUUAUUUGAAGGUUUUGGCACAGCAUUUACUUCCAGCCAUUCUGGUGGAUACACUUCUCUGGCUGAUUGGGAAGAAACCUAUGCUGGUCAAGAUACAACGCCGCAUUUACAUAGCGAACCUCGCUCUAGGUUACUAUCUAACCCAGCAAUGGACAUUUGACAACACAAACUUUGUGCAACUCCGAUCAGUAUUGAAACAUUCUGAUGUGAAGCAGUUCUACUACGACUUGGAGACGACUGACCUGGUGGAGUACUUCACAAAAUGCUGCUUGGGAGGCAGGAAGUUCCUUCUAAAGGAAAAAGAUGAAGAUAUCCCCAAAGCCAGGGCUCAUUGUAAAAGGAUGAUGAUCCUAGACCAGACUAUCCAGAUAAUAUUCCAUGCUGUGGUCUUUUGGUGGGUUUGUAUGAAGCUCGUACAGCUGUUUGGAAUAGAAAGUAAUCUGUUCUAA